AUGGAGGGACGGGGCCACUGGGGGACCAAGGCGGAGUACAUCCUCACAGUCACAGGAGCAAUUAUCGGGCCUGGAAAUAUUUGGAGGUUUCCUUACCUAUGUUACAAAAACGGUGGAGGAGUGUUUUUCAUCCCAUACAUCUUGUUUAUAUUUACGUGUGGCAUACCCCUGUUCUUUCUGGAAACUGCGCUGGGGCAGUACACCCGUCAGGGAGGAAUCACAUGCUGGCGUCAGAUCUGUCCACUUUUUCAAGGCCUUGGCUAUGCCAGUCACCUAAUCAUCGCUUUCACUGCAACUUCUUACAUCAUGAUCCUCACCUGGGCGUUCUUUUACCUGUUCUCAUCCUUUGGUUCACAUUUACCUUGGGCUUCAUGUGGGAACUACUGGAACACAGACUCAUGCUUUGACAGCCAUCUGAAUCUGAGCAUGAAAUCCAAAGUGAACACUACCCUCCCAGUCGUGGAGUUCUGGAAUCGAAGAGUUUUAAAGAUUUCUGGUGGGAUCAACGAGUUGGGUGGACUAAGGUGGGAACUAGCACUGUGCCUCAUCCUGUGUUGGAUCAUCUGCUACUUUUGUGUCUGGAAAGGAAUAAAGUCAACAGGAAAGGCAGCAUACUUUACAGCCACCUUUCCCUAUUUUAUGCUGUUUGUUCUGCUGAUAAGAGGUGUUACAUUGCCAGGAGCUCUGGAUGGGAUUAUUUAUUAUGUCUAUCCUGAUAUCUCUCGUCUCUCAGAUCCUCAGGUGUGGAUGGACGCUGGUACUCAGAUCUUCUUCUCAUAUGCCAUCGGUCUCGGUUUUCUCACUUCUCUUGGGAGUUAUAAUACCUACAACAAUAACUGUUAUAAGGACUGCUUUUACUUGAGUCUGCUGAACAGUGGAACCAGCAUUGUAGCUGGUUUUGCCAUUUUCUCUGUUUUGGGCUUCAUGACAUAUGAACAAGGCGUGGAUAUUUCUGAAGUGGCAGAAUCAGGCCCUGGGUUGGCAUUUAUUGUCUAUCCACGUGCUGUGGCCAUGAUGCCUAUGCCUCAGGUGUGGUCAGUGUGUUUCUUCCUCAUGAUUAUACUGCUUGGACUAGAUAGCCAGUUUGUUGGUAUAGAGUGUGUGAUGACAUCCCUGGUUGAUCAUUUCCCUUCCUACCUGAAUCAAGGCUACAGGAGGGAGCUGCUCCUGCUGGUUAUCUGCUGUGUCUCCUGCCUGUUUGGACUCUUACUAGUUACUGAGGGCGGGGUUUACUUGCUCCAGCUGUUGGACCACCAUGUCUGCAGUGGCAGCACCUUGCUGAUCCUUGCGUUCUGCCAGUCUGUUAGUAUUGGAUGGGUUUAUGGCACAGACCGUUUUUAUGACAACAUCACAGAGAUGAUUGGUUACCGUCCCUUUCCAUUCAUGAAGUACUGCUGGCGGUACAUCACUCCUCUUGUUUGCUUUGGAACCUUCAUCUUCUCCAUUAUCAAAUAUACUCCACUAAAGUUCAGUAACUCCUACGAAUAUCCACUAUGGGCCAAUAUCUUGGGCUGGUUUUUUGCCACAGUCUCUCUUUCUCUCAUCCCACUGUUUGUGCUUUUUAAAUUAAUCCAAGGACAAGGCACACUUCGACAGGUAAGAAAGAUUUAA